AUCACAAUAACAAUUUAUUGAUGAUACAAUAACAACAAUAUUCAAACAACACCAUGGCCGAAUCAAGCAGUCAGAAACCACCAAAUCCUAUAGUCUUCUUCGAUAUAGCUCUGGGAGGAGAGCCAUUGGGCCGAAUCAAAAUGGAGCUUUUUGCGGAUGUCACGCCUCGCACCGCCGAGAACUUUCGUCAGUUUUGCACUGGCGAAACAAAAAAUAGCCAUGGCCGGCCUCAGGGCUACAAAGGCUCCAAGUUUCACCGUGUGAUCAAAGACUUUAUGAUCCAAGGCGGUGACUUUGUAAAUGGCGAUGGGACAGGGAGUGCUUCCAUAUACGGAGGUCAAAAGUUUGCAGAUGAAAAUUUUACUCUCAAGCAUAACAAAGAAGGACUCUUGAGCAUGGCAAACUCAGGACCCAAUACGAAUGGCUGUCAGUUCUUCAUCACCACAGUGCCGACGCCUUUCCUCAACAACAAGCAUGUUGUGUUUGGUCAGGUUGUGGAGGGUAUGGAUGUUGUCCACAUGAUUGAGAACACUCGCACUACGAGGGACAAGCCAAACCAGGAUGUCACUAUAGUACAGUGUGGAGAAAUGUGAAGAGAGGAAAAAAAAGUCUUAUAUAUAAACUGUGAUGUAUACUAGUUGAAUUGAUACCUAACAAGCCUAAUCCAUAGACUCAUUUCUGUUUCCACCACUUCUUGCUUUUCGCCAUUGCAUUUCAGAACCCGGGUAUCAGACUAGAAUCUAUCAAAGCCAUAACCUUUACAAUUUGAAUUUCUGCAGAUAUUCAGUGGCAAGAGCAACACCUUCGUCAACCUUGUCAACGUUGGUUCCGUUGCCGAUGGCGGUAGGAGCUCUUCCACCAGCCUUUCCACCAACAGCUCCCGACACGACAUUCGCCCAUUCACUCGGUGAAAGGCCGAGUUCGCUAGCAGCCU